ACGACUUUACAGCGUGCAUUUUAAAUGUCAUUUCUAAACACAUGUCGCCCAUGUCUCGACUCUCCAUCUAUUCUUUGGUUGGAGGGAGUUUGAUUGUCUCUUUCUUUUUCUUUUUAAGGCUGCUUGAAAAUAUUUUCCUUAAACGAGGUUGCAUAUCCAUGAUUAUUAUUAUUUUUGAUGUCUGAAAAGUUGUGUUUCACAUUGUUCACAAAUCAAGACUGUCGACUGAAAUUUUACUAUGCAAGUCAUAAUCCAUUUCCUUUGAAGAUUUCCGUCGGCAGUUGAAGUCUUCGCAGGAGUUUUAUACCGCCUCAUUUACAAUAAACGGUUAUUAUUAGAUGCAAAAUGUAAAAACCCGUUUCUCUAUGCAGGCGAGAUUGGACUUUGUAUUAAGCUUUUGCUCAAAUUGUCAACUCUCAACACUCUCCUACUACUUUUUUAUAUUUUACAUACAAUCUGUCAUACUGCUAAAAACUAUGCUAUUAACAUACCUGCAUAACAGUCUGACAAAUGACAAGUGAACAGGAUCUCCUUAAAAUGCAUUUUCUUGACGUCUUCUUUACAACUUCCGUUCCUUUAUAGUUCGUCUAUUAAAAUGUAAUGUUGUCUUCUUCGCUGAAAUAUCUGCUGAAGUUUUUUGGAUUUUUGCAAUACUAUGUGUGUUUAUUUAAUGACACUGUGUAAAAGCGCAGAUAUGGUCACAAUGCAGCGCAUUUCUUUAGCGUCCCCAAACACAUGUUGCCCAUGUGUUGAUUUCCUUUGAAUCCAAUUUGAAUCGCGUGUGCGUGAAAAUUUUCUCAUUGCAUUUGAGCCCGUCUCAAUAACUGACAAUGAUAGAUGUAGCGAGUAAACUGUAUGUUUUGUGCCUGUGUACAUGUGUGUGUGUGUGUGUAAAUUAAAGGAUUGGUCCAUGCAUAUAUGUAUGUGGAUCAUGAACGCCAAAUUGUAUUUGCGAAUGCCUUGCAUUUUCAAAAGCCUUGACAACUUGAAAAAAAAUCCAGGGAAAGUUACGGAAAAGAUAUACUAGUUAUCGCACGUCUUAUUGCAAUAUGACUUUUGAACUCUGCAACUUUAAAAGAUAAUAACUUAGGCGCUUAGGCAAGAAAUUUGAAGAGCGAGAAAACAUACGGCAUAUUGUAAGAGGUAUAUGUAGCGUGCAAUAUAUUUUUUCGAAACACGGCAUUCGAAAAUAUCGUUCGAAAAUUCAGAGAGAAAAAAAACAUUUCUCAAGCAGACAGCAGAGGAACGUUUAAAAUUUUAAUUUAACUUUUCUUGUAACAGUUUAGGACUAAAGCUUGUUUGGGUUGUUUAGUUUUGGACUGAUGAUAUGAUAAGAACGGUGUCCAAAAAAUAAUUUUGGUUUGUCAAAGCAAACAAUGGAGAAUGAUACAUCUAAUACUGUGUUCCCUUUGAAUGAAUUAAAGUGGCAAGCCAUGCUUGAUCAAAUAAAGGAUUGUCAUCCAGAUGGAGAAAGUAUCAUUGCUAAUACUACAAAUUUAAUCAACGAAAACAAGGAAGGCGAAUUUCCAAUUCCAAAACAACCAGUGUUUACAUCAUUGCAAAGUGUGUCCGAGAAGGUUAAGAUGGUCCAAAGAUAUUUGAAUCAGUUACAGUACAAUCACACUGGAACACAGUUUUUUGAAGUUAAAAUGAAUCGUCCCAUCACAAGACUCUAUGAGACAGCAAAAGACAUUAUCAAAUACUCUCUUCCCAUUAAAUGCUUAGAGGCAGUAAUUGUUUCUUUAUAUUUGACUUCUUGUAUGAAUGGACUUACUCGUUUUACCAUCCGAUUUAAAUCCAAAUUUUCAAGCAAGACACACAGACAUAUUGUUCUUGGCAUUUAUUACGACUCCAAGUAUGGUGCACUAGGUUUAAGCAGACGGAAGACACUUAUGUAUAAACCACUGAAGUACAAAUCUUUGUACGAACUUAUUGUGGAUUUUAAAGAUAGUUAUAGAGAUUGUUACCACGAGUUGAGAAAGGUUAAAAUCAGUCCAUCUAUAUCUAACGAUUUACAUUCCUGUGAUCAUAUAAUGUGGAACUUCUUUGUUGUGCCAGUUGGUAAACUUGAUAAAGAGGAAAUAAAAAGUGUCUUAGAAAAAUAUUCAAGAGAACUUAGAGUUAGAGCGAUGUAGUGCAUUCAUAUUUGCAGCAAUAAAUGUCCUACUCUUGUCAUACCCAUCA